AUGCUCUCGGAGACUGAGCAUGACCAUGCGACGUCGGCGAGUCACACCGACCACAGAAUGUCCUCGGCUCCGGAGCCAUUGAAUGGCGGCAAAGCUCCAGAUAUCCAUGAAAAUGGGGACCGAAAUGAACAGGCUGGCGUGACCACCAGUCAGGUAAAAUGCACUGUCUGUGGGAGCACCUUCCGGCGUCCCGAACAUUUGAAACGACACUUGCGCAGUCACACCAAAGAAAAACCAUUCGAGUCUUCGAUCGAUGCUGACGCGAGGAACGGUCACACCAGCGAUACCCUACACCGACACGAGUUGAGCCACCAUACCCCGGGAGGCGAAGGGGGCAAAGAUCGUCCGCACCGGAUCACCGUCAAGACCUUCAGGGCUUGCUUCAGCUGCGCGACAGCUCGAGUCAGAUGCAGCGGGGGCGUGCCUUGUGGGCGCUGCGAAACUCGGUCUCUCGAAUGCCACUAUCCGACAGAACGUCGAUCAAAAGCGCGGCUCCGCGGCGUGAAGACGAAAAGAGCGCCAGAGGGACCGCAUUUGUCUCGUAAAUCACCGCCUCGGUCGGAGGCCAAGCAAGCGGAGUCUACAGCCCGGCCUGCUGAUAUCCCCGCCCACCAGCUUGGACAGUUCUCGAUUAAUGUGCUCAAUGAUGUACCAGCUUCGUCCAAGAGACGUGCGCAGCGAAUUCCGGGCUCUGACAAAGCCCCCACUGCCAAAGUCUCGUCUCAUGAAUCAAGCAAUCAACCCCAUAUGGCAGGGUCUGUUUACUCCCACAUGCUCGCUCCGCCUUUGACCUCUGCUGCCGAGCCCGGCAGGAUACCACUGAAUAUGCACUCUCGUGCGGGGCUCAGCAACUACGAAGCUUUCGCUGGACCAGAAGCUGCUACUGGGGGCUCAGUCAAUAAUUUCAAUCCGUCGGACAGUACGUUUGGGCCCGAGGUCAUGGCAAUGAACGUCGCAAAUUCCUCGGGGUUGAACCUAGGAUUCGACCCUACAAUCUUCAACCAGUCAACUCUGCACACGAUCAACUGGCUGCCAACGGAGUUGUUUCCAGAUCAUUCUAGCGAUCAGACUCUUGCACCAGUGAUUCAACAUCAACCACUAAAUGAUGCACCUAAUCAAACUCCUGCAGCGCGACCUAUCUGGCAGCCUGCAGUGAUUGAGGAGAAGAACACUAGCCUUUCGACCACUGUGAGGAAAAUGCAUAGGGCUUUGAAUUCGGUGUCUUCGAGGGUAGGAAUGGCGAGCCCAAGACGACGUUCCUUCAUCGACGGCAAGUCUGCAAUGGGAAAUGAUCCUACCAAGGUCACAAAGCGCACUCAAGGCUUUCGCACAGAUUCCGUCGGUGGCUGGCCACCGAGAAUCCGGAAACAUCAGAAAAGGAGUUCCUCUGCCUCUGUCGAACUUUCGGUCUCAGCAGCCAGCCUAUUGUUCGAACAGCGUCCAAACCCCGUAUGUUUCCCCAAGAAAGCGGAUAGCUCUUUCAAACGCGUUCCCGAAGACUUGUAUCGCCAAAUUCGACCGAUCAAAGCUUCAACCUAUGAUAAAGUUCAUGAAAAUUUCAUCUCCCUCUGCCGAAAUACUCACACAAUAUUCGAAAUCUUUGACACCGACGAUUUUCCCGAGCCAGAAGAAUGUACGAGAUACCUAUUUUCUUACCUCAGUUCAUUUCAACCUGUCUAUCCCAUAUUCCACAUUCCUACGUUUGAUGUGAAUGAACAUCAUUGGGUUCUCGUGUUGGCUAUUUUGGCAAUCGGAUGCCAAAGCUCGAAAACUGCGAAUUGCGAUCAGACAAGUGCUGCAUUCCAUGAAAUGCUUCGACGAGCCAUUCUUGUGGAGAAAGAAAAAGGUUCUACCAGAAGGGCAUCUCUCGAUAUGCUUCAGGCCAUGCUCCUGAGCUGCCUUGGCAUUCUCUACAGUGGUGAUGAUAGGAACAAACUAUCCACACUAGGUGUCUUCAAAGAGCUUGUAAGGCUGUUUGAAGACGAAGAGCUUCUAGCAGAUUCAAAGUAUUUACAGAGCUCGGAACAACUUUCUGGGGAAGCGCUUUGGCAUAGCUGGAUUAAUGACGAGAUCCGGAGACGCACUGGAUAUUGUAUAUGGCUUGUGGACUGCUCACUUGCUUAUGAGAUUGAAGAACGGCCACUGCUUUCCUUGGAUGAUGGGCAAGCUGCCUUGCCUGCCAACGAGGAACUUUGGCACUGUGAAUCAGCGGAAGCAUGGAAGUUAUCGUGGGACCAGUCCACAGCCAAUCAAUCGCUAUAUGACUCCGUACAUAUUUUGUACAUUGAAAAAAGACUCGUCACCGGCCUCGGGGACUUCAGCUACACUCUUCUCAUUCACGCCCUUUACCACCGUAUGUGGGAAGUUGGUGAUUACUUUCGACGACCGCUGUCAUUCUGGAAUCCAACUGCAAGAAAACAAUCUCGAGAGACUGCCAUCCCGAAUGGGUCUGUCUGGUUGCCGGGUAUUCCUUCAUAUUCCAAGUGGCGUAACAGUGCAUGUGAUUGCCUAGAGAUUCUGCACUGGACCGUGAACGCCCCCGUCGCCGACCUUAGUAAACAUAAGAGGCCCGUUUCGCUACAUCUCCACACCGCUCGAUUGAUUCUUUUGGCACCAUUUCGGGAGAUCCGCUCACUGGUCAUGGACCUCGCGACGGAUAGGCUACGAUGGAGUGAUCGACAACAGGCUAUCCAAUGGCAGUACAUCUGGCGAUGGAUCAAAUACGACCAAUAUAAGGCCAGAAUAUCGGUGCUUCAUGCUGGAGCAGCUCUUUGGCACGUUCAGAAAUGCUCGAAGAAUGCAUUCCACGAGCCAAUCGCUGCUUUUCUCGCAAUUCUUGUUCUCUGGGCCUACGGAUCAUGCCCACCUAUGACACCCACGGAGCCUGGUCCUCACUUACAAUCCCAUAAAGACGCAUCAUUUCCAGAAUCAAGGUCUGUUCGUUUGGAUAGGCCAUUUGAUGACGAGCAAGCCCAGUUUUUUGUCCGUGAAGGUCACUCAAUGAAGGUCGGCAUGACAGGCAUCCCAAACUUAUGUGCAGCCGAUGGCCCUGAGAGGAUGCUUCGGUUGGGCAGCGAAGUCCUGUCCAAUUUGGAUGCCUGGGGCCAGUCGAAAAGGUUCGUUGCAAUAUUAACGCGACUGGCCAGCAUCGUGUCGCAGGGCGCUCAAGCUGAGCACAGCCGCCAUGGGAAUAUGGAAGACUGA